GAGAACUUAUCUGGUUCUGGAGCUAUGAGAAGUGAAUUUCUGAGUGCAAUUUGCCAAGAAGUCAUGAAAGCAAUGAAAACCAAGCAAUCACAUGGUGAGGAUGUGGCUGGAACAUCCAGUUCCUUUGCAAAUUAUGCAGGACCCUUCUAAUUCAGUAUUGCUUGGUGCUGGCACAAGGAAACAAGGUUUAUACUAUUUUACCAAAAUCACAGAUGUUAAAGGUGUAGAGGAUGUUGCUUAUGGUUGUAAUGCAGCAGCUAAUGUAGUAGAGGAUGUUGUUACUGAUAUGCACACAAGUGUUUUGCCAAAUAAAACUGCCACUAGUUUGUUUCAGUCUAAAGUUGAUAACAGAAAUAAACUAGAUCUUUUGCAUGCCAGAUUAGGGCAUCCUUCUUUGUCAAAAAUGAAGUUUGUCAAUGCUGCUUAUUGUAAAGGUGUUACAGAAUACAAUUGUGCUGUUUGUUGUAGUUCUAAGCAGAUUUCCUUUCAACAUUAG